UAUCGUUGUCAAAUUAUUGAUGCGGUGGUUUGAAUCACGUUUGAAUUUAGGUGCGAAGCUUCGCAAAUAAAUAAUUUUAUUAGACGUAAUUAAUCACGAGUAACAUAUUGUGCAAAUGAAUAUCUAAAUAUUGUGUUUUAAGGUUCUUUCGAAAAACAGUGAAUUAGGAGAUAAUCAUGGUUCUCGCUGAACGCAGUAGUGAUGUUCGAAAUGGGAAACGAUCGAGAGGACCAAGCCCCAAUGGCCAUGGAAGUCCUGACUCAAGUUCUGAAGAUGAAAACGUAGUGCCAUUUGCAGCUGAGAAAAUAAGAGUGGGUCGAGAUUUCCAAGCUGUAUGUCCUGACCUGGAACCGGUGGAGCAACGAAAACCAGACCAGAUAUCCGACAGAGCAUUGCUUGUGUGGUCACCAACAUCAGAUAUCUCAGACAUCAAAUUGGAUGAAUACAUAACAACAGCAAAAGAGAAAUAUGGCUACAAUGGGGAACAAGCAUUGGGUAUGCUGUUUUGGCAUAAACAUGACCUCAAUAGAGCGUCCAUGGAUCUUGCUAAUUUUACACCAUUCCCUGAUGAAUGGACUGUUGAAGAUAAGGUGUUGUUUGAACAAGCAUUUCAGUUUCAUGGAAAAAGCUUUCAUCGAAUUCGACAAAUGCUUCCAGAUAAAUCGAUAGCAUCCUUAGUGAAGUAUUAUUACUCCUGGAAAAAGACAAGGGCAAGAACAUCUCUGAUGGACGUAGUGAGUGAGGGUCGAAACGCUACUGGCUCUGGAACUGGUAAACGGGAGUCGGGAGCUGGAUCGGAACCGGGCGGCUCUGACAAAGACUCCGACAAUGAUGAUAAGAAGUGGACUUUCCACCGUGGUAUAGUGAGAGGAGGGAAGGCGUUUGGUCCGACUCUCCGGGCUGCACAGAAUAGCGAGGAGGAUGGCGGCGGAGAGGCGGAAAAAAGGUGCACUGUUUGCGGCAUUCUGUGCUCCCAGACCACAGCGCACAACACCCAGAAGUUGUGCCAGGCAUGCCUAGUGCACGCCAGACGUACGGGCACGAUGCGGCCCCUGUGCGGGCCGAGCGGGCGGCGCGGGCCGGGCAAGCCGCGCGUCAAGCACCGCCUGCCCCGCGGCAUAUACAUCAACCACGACGACUUGGUCGCCAUGGCGACGGGGCCGCAGCCCGCCGACGCGCCGCAGCCCGGCCACGUUAACCGCGGCGAGGCCAUACUCAAGGCCAUGGACAGGGAGAUCGUGUCGUAUAAGAGACAAGUCCAGCAAAAUAAACAGCAGUUGAGCGCUAUGAAGCGGAAAGUGGGAGACAGUGGGGUGGAGGAAUUGAGACCUGGAGAGCCUCCGGCUAAGGUCAACUCUCGUUGGACUAAUGAGGAGCUGCUUAUGGCUGUCACGGCUGUCAGGAAAUAUGGCAAGGACUUCCAAGCGAUAGCGGAGACGCUGGGCACGAAGUCGGAGGCGCACGUGCGCACGUUCUUCAUCUCGUACCGCCGCCGCUACAACCUGGACGCCGUGCUGCGCGAGCACGAGGCGGACCGCGGCAAUGCCAAUCAUAUACAAGCUGGCAUUAUGAACACAGAAUCAACAGAAAACGACGUCGACACAAACAAUGGCACUAAAUCACCGCAGACAGCUAAGGAUGAAAAGACGGAGGUCGACAGCGAGGGAGUGGCCAUUGGCGCGUCCGCGGAGCAGGGCGGGCCCCCGACCACGCCCCCGCACAAGCACAAGCCCGCUAAGUGAUACCAUCACACCGCUAAGUGAUACCAUCACGCCGCCAAGCGGAAAUAACCUGCCCGCGUACAAUCUCCAAGUUCCAUCCAACCUACAUACGAGUUCUAUGGAUAAAAAUGGAUCAUGCUCAUACUUAAAGAAUGGAGGAACCAAAUACCACCAAAAGCAACAAUAAUUAAGAAGCCGAAUUUGCUAAAAAUCCUCUAACGAAACCCCUAUUUAGCAAGUUCUAAAACAUUCCAACUCUUGAUUGCUAACACACCUAAUCCAUAGUUUACAGUCUGUCAUCUAAAAUUGAAUUUACAAAAGAUUCCAGUUGCAAAUUGUAGGUGGUAUUAAAAUUUUGUAUUUGUCCUCUGUCACUAACAUGGCUAGACAUUUUUUUAUGCCAUAUAAUAUUAAUGCAAUAGAUUAAAAUUCGAUCUGCAAAUAGUCAUUGAUGGAAAUAUCUCAGAUAAAACCACUUAUGAUGUAAAUAAUACUUUACGAAAUAAGUAAAGUUAGCUUGUAUAUAGUGUAAAUAUUAGGCAUUAAAGUAAGGUUACAUUUAAGUUCAAUAAAACAUGAGAUUGUAUAGAUUUUGGGUAUGCAAUACAAGCCUGAAAAAUAAGAUUUAUAUUUACUAUGAUUACAAGUAUGUGCUUUUAUAUAAGUACCUUAAAAUAAUGUUAUAUUUCAAGAAACAUCUUUCUGUUACUCUUGUCCAAAGCUCUUAAUAUAGAGAAAGAGAAGAAUAAAACGAUAAGCAUUUAAUGAAGAUAGCGGUUUAAUAGGGACAGCACUUUAUUUUAUAUUUAGGUUUUCGUAAUUUCACAAUGUCAAAUAAUGGGAAACUAUUUUUUUUAUUUAGACACCAUAAACAGUUAUUCUAUUUGAAACCUUCGACGAUAGGUCAUUUGUGUGUUAUUAACUAAUUUUUCUAUUAAUCAAUGUUAACAGGUGGUUGGUAGCUUAAUUCUCUCCAUUGUAAAAAAAAAUUAUAUAAACGUAAAAUUUUAUACUUUAUUCCUAGUAGCUGAUAAAGGUAUAUGUUAUUGUAAAUAUUACAUUAAAAUUAUAUUCCUACGAGUGAUGUGAGUAUACGCUUACGGAGUGGUUUUUAUUGUGGCUGUUGUAUGGUGAAUUGGUCCCUGUUUAUUGACUUUAGGGGUUUUAAAUAAUAUGUACUAGUUACAACUGUUUUAAAAUAUACUGUCCAACACAUGUUAUCCACAAUUCAUACAAUGUGUAGUGAAAAAACUCAGUUUGGACACUGAUAUUUUGAGAUAAUUGUACUUUCCUAGUUAAUUAAGACUGAAAGAAAUGUUUGAAAGGUUCUAUAGCAAUAAAGUUUGCUUCUUCUGGCUU